AUGUCUAGCGAUGCGGUAAGCCAACAAAUAGAUUUUCCCACGGUCUCCUCGGAAAAUAGUUUUCGGAGCAGCGUGAAACCUCAGCUGAGUGAAGAUGUCAGCGCCGAGCCUACAGGAACUGUUUUCUCUGAAUGGUCGGUAAUCGCCAAUACGAUGAUCGGCACUGGUGUUCUAGGGCUUGCCUCGGCCUUCACGGCCACAGGUUGGAUCCUGGGCUUCUGCCUGAUGACUGUGUCCGCCUUAAUGGCGGUUUUCGCAUUGCAUCUGAUGAACUCUCUGUCGAUGAGCUCCACAACGCGUCAGGUUAGUUGGUACACUGUGUCUGGACUCUACUGCCCAUGGGCGAAACUAGUGGUUGAUAUAGUUGUUAUUAUCAAGUGUGCCGGUGUGGCUGUUUCUUAUUUACAAGUCGCUGGUGAUAUGCUGUCGAUGCUUCUGGUCUUUUGGAGUGGUACCGAGUUCAGCGAGUCUACUGUGAGGUCUCUCAUCAUUGUCGCCGCGACGAUCCUAAUGGCACCAACAUGUAUGGCUAAAGAAUUGAAAUCGACCACUCUAGUCAACGUACUUGCCCUGGUCACUAUAACCUACUGUGUUAUACUAGGAUGUGUGUACAGUGAUGCUGAUGGUGGUGAUGAUACUGUUGGGAUUCCACCCCAAUCAUCUUUCACCAACAUCCUUGCCAAGUUGCCUGUCUUCAUCUUCGCCUUUACUUGUCACGAGAACAUGUUCCCGUGCGCCACUGAUAUGAAAGGUCGCACUCAGAAGAAGUUAGAUUUUGUGGCUGUUUCGGCUGAACUUACUGGUUUCAUGAUUUUCUUACCCGCUGUCAUUUGUCCCUACCUCACGUUUGGUUCUCAAGUGCAGCCAAACUAUUUGCAGAAUAUCGACUACAAGAACAACAUCCCAGUCCAAGUUGGGUAUAUAGCACUGUCAAUCGGUGUCCUAUGCUCUUACGCUCUGCAAGUGGUUCCUAUCGUGAGGUCGGCUAUGGUCUUAGUCACGCGUGGUAAGACUAUCAGCAGUCCCAGGAAGGCUAACGCUAUCUUUUACAUUGUAGCUGCCGUAUGUCAGCUGGUACCUAUGGCAUUGGCUAUCGCUGUUCACUCGCUCGGGGUUACAUUCUCUUUUGUUGGUAUUGUGGGUUCUAACACUAUCGCAUACAUAAUGCCGUCGUUCCUGUACUGUAUGAUGGUCAGAAAGACCGGGUCUAAAAAGAAUAUAACCUUCUAUUUGGCUGUUGUCCUCUGCGUGGUUUCCAUAUGUCUUCUCCCACUCUGCAUCGGGUCACUCAUCCAGCAAAUCAUCGCUGGUACUGUGUGA